CAUCAGUUCUGUGGCAGAUUCAUGGCUACCAACAUGAUAAAAUCCAAAAUAAUUUUUGUGCUAAUGUUAUUUCAGUAUCCGUACGUUAAAUCGGCUCAAUCUGGGUUUACAACAACGAAAUUAAGUCCACAGCCUCUCUGGAAUUCUACUCACACAGAUAAAUUGCGUCAAGAUCUCCUGCUCAACUAUGAUAAAUUUGCAAGGCCGUCUCAACACUUCAACGCAACUCAGGUCCGUUUAGGAAUGUCCAUCAAACAUAUCGAAGUCAACGAGUUGAAAUCCUCACUCACGGUUUAUUGCUGGCUUCGACUGGUUUGGAACGAUGAAAAACUAAAAUGGAACCCCGAAGAAUAUGGAAAUUUAUCGGUAUUGCAUUUAGCUGAGCACGAAGUUUGGCAACCUGAUAUAUAUUUAUAUAAUGGAGCGACAACUACUGCCAUCAACCACUUUGGAAACACCCACUGUCUCGCGUAUCCUUCAGGAGAAAUUUUAUGGGUUCCCCCAGCACAAUUCACAGUCCUUUGCAGCCUGAAUUUGAGGUAUUGGCCUUUUGACACUCAAAAAUGCUACUUGAAAUUUGGUUCGUGGACCUAUUCUGGAGAUCAACUGGAUAUUACUAACUACAAUAAUAACUCAGAAGUUGAGCUAGAGUUGCUUAUCGACAAUUCGGAAUGGAAGAUCACGAAAGCGGAACAGAAAAUUGUUAGUACAUACUAUGAGUGUUGCCAGGAACCUUAUCCGGACUUUACGGUUUAUCUAACGCUGGAAAGGAUAUCGCCAUCUUAUAGUUCUAUUAUAGUGACACCCGCAUUUG